CACUGUCUCACUUGACAGUCUUCACACCCACUCUGGAUGUAUAUCAAUCUGGAAAUAAAAAUCCAAGACAACCGCGCUACCCCUGUUUUUUGUUGUGUCAAACUCCCAGCCACAUUGUGUACGAUCGAUCAAAGGGGGAUUUUCCAAAAAAUCUUCCCUGUAUUUCCCAGCAGGUUGCCUUAACUCAAGUGGAAUGCUAAAGAAAUCGGUGCAUUGAUCCAAUUUCCCCCUGAGGCAGUUGUGGGAGUUGUUGAUUGCUGAUAUCCACUUCUUUCGUCUUGGAUCUCUUGAAGCUUACCAGCAACCAUGUCAAAAAGCCUCUUCAUCUUAGUGCCUGGGAAAAGCAGACCCUGCUGACAUUGGGACAGAAAGGUUGCCAUCCAGGUGUUGCAGCUCUCAACUAUCAUGCAGCCAGAAGAAGUGACGGCCUUUGGAGCUCUGGAGAUCGUCUCCCAGCGAGUGUACUUGCUGACCAGUCACAUCGUGGAACACGAGGGCUUACCGCAGGGCCAGAGCCAAGGCCAGGGCCAGCUCUCCCCUCCUCUGGGUCCAUCUCCGCAGGCCCCCUGUGUGGCCUCUGUCCUGCCGGCCCGCUGCUGGACGCUGGAGGUGGGGGUGGCCGUGCUCCUCAUGACGCUGGCUGCCGUGGUCAUCCUGGCGCUGCUCUACUGGGCACUCCUGCUGCGCCACAAACUGAAGGUGGCCCGGGCGGGGAACGCGCUAGAGUACUGGGGCUUCUUCCGCUCCGCACAGUACAACCUAAAGGAGCCCGGCCUGCCUGAAGCAUUCCCGGUGGCCAUGACGACGGUCGUCACACCUGGGCCAGAUGUGGCGGCACCACCUGCCACAGACUCCUUGAAGCCACCGCUGGGUCCACCCCCUCCCCAACCUCUGUCUACCCCACCUCAGCACUGGCCUCCUCCAUACUUGGAGCCCCCUCCUCCUCCUCCUCCUCCUCCUCCUCCUCAUCAUCAUCCUCCUCCUCCUCCUCCUCCUCCUCCUCCUCCUCCGUGUCUCCCCUGCACUAGCUCAGGUCUUUCUCCACCCGAUCCUCCCCCCACCGUACGACCACGACCACGGCCAUCUCCCAUCCCACGCCACCUUACCACCAAGUCUCUGCCACCACCACCGCCGGAUUCGCCCGUGCUGCGGGCCUGGUCCGUCCCCACCAUACCUUACCCAUCCCUACCUCGACCUCUCCACCGACCGAACGAAACUCCGUCCCCCCCGCGGCCACUGUCGGCUCAGCCCCUCCCGUUCGUCCACACCACUCCGCCCAGCCCUCACCUGUCCUGGGGGGCGUGCUCAGACGUGGACGUGUACUCGCGGGUGGGGUCGAUGAGACUCUCUAGGACUUCCAGUCAUAGCCAGACUCAGGUGAUCCUGUUUGAGCAUUCCGCUGUAUGAUUGGGCACCUUUCACUGUCCUAUGUCAAUCCUCUAUGAUCAUGUGAAUGACAGAAAGCAAGAGGAACAUAUUUAAGGACAACAUUUGAAGUGGCCCUGGACGCUCUAAAUAAAUCCUACAAUGUACUGACACAAUAGGUAUUCAGCACAACUACCCUGUUUUACAAAAUAAGUUAUGGCAACAAUUCAUUUUGUGUCAUUGAAAUGAAAUCUUAGUCGAUAUACUGUAAUAUCAGUUUACCACCAAAAUAACUUAUGUUUCAACUUACAUUUCAGAUAACACACAUGUCUCCCCAGUACUUCUUUUUAUUGUCAUCAAGGAUGAUUAUAGAAUUCAUGUGUACAUACAUUUAGAACACAUCCAUAUGUUCAGAUGAUGCCAAACAAUGUACAUUUCAUUUUCUGCUUUCUAAUUUUUAGCGGAAACAAAAUUAGCCUGUUGGAGUAGAGGUUAAGAACUGUAUCUCCAUUUUGUCUUUGAGACAUGUAUACAUUUGAAUAGUGUUUGAAUAAUGUAUAAUGUUUUUUGCCUCCUGGGCAUUUUAAAUUAUAUUCACUUACUUACAAGCAGUGUUAAAUUAAUGUCAUUACAACAUCAUGGUCUCUCUCACUUCAUGAGAGAAAACACAUCUUCAUGAUGAAGUUGGUUAGUAAUUUAAGUGUCGACUGUAUUGCCAGAGGCUCAACCACAGAAGUGUCUUUAUAAAAACAUUAACUUGCACGCCUGUGAAUAAUACAGAGGAAAUGCAAGAAUGAGCUAUUUCGGAUCGACAAUAAAACCCUCUGUGGUUUGGUUGUAUUGUGUCUCCCCAUGAAUGUGACUCACUUUGGGGGCCAUAUCGCACACCACUUACAAUAGCAGUGUACUCCAACACAUCCUCCUGAAGGGUGGGCCUUUCCUGUGGAAGAUGGCCAUCACUUUGUUUUCCUUUUGGUGUAUCUUAGUGCUGAAAUUAGAGCAUGUCUGCUUAACUUCUAUUCACCUCCGCUACCAACAACUGUGUAUUUCAUAGUGGUGGAUGUUGACUCUGUUUUUUUAUAGCCCCUCAGGAUAGCUCCACUUGUUGUGAGAAGGGACAUAGUAAAUGUGACGACCUCUAAACCUC